CUGUACCAUCUACAACAGUGGUCACUACAGUCCCACUGUCCAGCCAGGCUCAGGUUAGUAUGCAACAGCCUGUUUCAGUGGCUAUGCAGCCGCUGCAGCAAGCACCUGGGCCCAUGCAGCCUAUGCAGUGGAUGCCCAAGAUAGCUUUGAUGAGUCCCAAGCCCUUCUCUGGCGAUAAGAAGAAGGAGGAAGACUUGGACACUUGGGUGAGAACUGUGCCUACUUAUGUGAGGCAUAAGCUCACAAGGCCAGAGCAAGAAGUUGUAGUGGCUGCCUCCUUUUUAGAGGGGUCAGCAGCCCGCUGGUUAAAUGGCUUAGUGCAGCAACAGGGCUACGGUCAAAACUUCGAUGCCUGGUCACAAUCUCAGACAUUGGAAGAGUUCAUACGGUCCGUAUACAACAGGUGGCAUGACCCACAAGGGGCCCAGAAGGCCACUGACGCUAUCAACAGUCUUAGUUCCCGAAGGUUCAAGAAUGUUAGAGAGCUGACGGACGUCGUAGAACGAUUAAUCGUGGUACCUGGUGUGCGUUUUGACCAGCAGGUUCUCCUAACGGAUUACCUAAGGUGCCUACCGUCAGAGGACUUGCUGCGGCAAGAAGGUCACCACGAAGGUAGCCUCACCAACGGUGGUGGGUCUAUCUUCAAACCCUGGGAGUGCUUCUGCGAGCAGCUCACAGGGAAACACCUCAGGUCAGUAGGAGUGUUAGCCGCUCUUACUCGCGCUGAAGUGGUAACGUUGCCUUCCCCACUUCAGGCGUUGGCCAAGGCUAGUGACCCACCUAUCGCCCCGCAGACACAUUCAAACCCACCGACGCUCUGUUCGAGAGAUGUGUCUGAGGCCCUAGAACAGUUAGAGACUGAGUGGUCAAGGAAGGACCCCAGAGACUCUUGGGCGAUGAUCAGUAAAGGUCCAAAGGGUGAACAUUUCGUGGUAGAAGUAGAUGUAGGUGGCCGCAAGGUUGGCGCCUUCGCAGACAUAGGCUCUACACGAAACUUCAUCAGUUGUGCUUGUGUGGAUAGACUGCACUUAGGGGACCAAGUGCAGCGGCUUAGCAAGACUGUAGCUUCUACGCUAGCCAACAAGCACCAAAUGGUAGUAAAAGACUAUGUCAAGGACGUAGCCUGUUCCUUCUCCUAUGGAGGAGGGGAAGUGAUCCACAAGAUCUCCUUCUUGGUUAGCGACGAACUGCCAUUCGACAUGCUGCUGGGCAUGUACUACCUCGAAGACUCGCAACCACAGUUUGAUUGGGAUAGAAAGGUGUUAAUACACAAGUUGCCAAAUGGUAGGACCGUUAGGCUGCAGAAGUACAAAGCUAGCAGUCUAGUGGAGAACUACGGCUGCAUGUGCGCUUCGUCUUUCUAUUACUACAAGCAGAAUCGCGAGGAGGGCAUGUACCUAGUGUUUGUCUAUGAAAAAGGGGAGGCUGUUAAAUCACCCCCAGAGAUAGAACAAGUCGUCGCUCAAUAUUCAAACCUUUUUGAGGAGCCCACAGGCGUGGUAGAAAGGGAGGUUGUCCAUGCAAUAGAGCACGCGAUGAACCGGAUCUUUCAUGACUACUUGGACAAGUUUAUCGUCGUGUACCUCGACGAUAUUCUCAUCUUUAAUAGGAUUGUAGAGGAGCACGUUGAGCACUUGAAAACAGUGCUAGGUCUCCUUAGACAGCACCAGUACAAAGUGAACUUGGAUAAAUGCGAGUUUGGUCGCACCAAGGUUCUGUACUUGGGUCAUGAAAUUUCAGCAGAUGGAUUGAGGUCGGAAGCUCCAAAGGUGGCCAGCAUACGUGACUGGCCCAGACCUCAGACGGUUACUGAGGUCAGAUCGUUUUUGGGGAUGACAGGCUAUUAUCGUCCGUUUGUGAAGAACUAUAGUACUAUAGCUUCCCCAUUAACGGAUCUAACUCGACUUGACACCCCUUUGGAGUGGACUGCAGAGUGUGAAGCCAGCUUCAAGAAAUUGAAGUAUGAUCUGACACACUAUGAAGUUCUCAAACUUCCUGAUCCUGACAAGCCGUUUGUUGUGACCAAAGACGCCAGCCAAUAUGGCAUAGGCGCAGUCCUUGCGCAACAGGAAGGGCCCAAGUUGAGACCAAUCGAGUACAUGAGCAAGAAGAUGCCAUCUCAGAAGUUGGCCAAGUCCACUUAUGAGAGAGAGCUCUGCGCCCUGUAUAGAGCGCUAGUUCAUUGGAGACACUACCUCCUAGGAAGAUUCUUCUAUGUGAGGUCGGACCAUGAGACUUUGCGCUGGAUCAAGACACAACAAGUCUUGUCGGACGCACUCAAGAGAUGGAUUCAAGUGAUCGACAUGUAUGACUAUCAACUUGAUCCUAUCAAGGGUACGUACGACAAAGUGGCUGAUGCGCUACCAAGAAGGGCAGAUUAUCUGGGCGCGCUAGUAACUGAGUUUGGCAUAUCUAAUGACCUCACUCGAUCGUUGGUGGAAGCCUAUCAGGGAGACCCAGUCAUGUCAGAGAUCAUUCGUAGUUUCAAGGCAAAGGAUAAAAAGACUUUGGACGAAUUUACGAUGGUAGACGGCUUGCUGUUCCUUGAUAAGCUCGCUUUCAUCGAGGCUGCGGAACAACGCCAGCUGGCAGCCGCGGCUGCCCAGCUACAGGCUGAAGAAGCGGCAACAGCAGAGAAGCUGCGGCUCCAGGCCGAAGCAGACGCAGAUGCCCAGGCUCGCCGCAAGGAAGCCCAGGAUCUGCUGCAGCGGCAUGAAGCCAACAGCAUCAACAGACUCAAGUUCUGGCACUUUGAACCGAACGGCGACGAGGCAACAUUGGAAGAGCAGCAUAAGGAGUUCCUCUCCAAACUCGUGACACGGUUGUUGUGUGCUUGCAACUACCAACGGUCCGAGUUAGAGAGACAGACCCAGGAACUGCAGCAACAGUACCAGGAUCUGAAGACACAGCACCAGGAGUUGGCGAACCUCCGCCGGAUGGUGCAGGGCCACGAGGAUGCAACACGGGCACUCAAUUCCCAGCCGGCCACCAUCAGCCAGCGGUUCGAGUUGCUGGACACCAAGAUCAGUCAGCAACAGCAGACUGACCACAGCCACAACAACAGCUCGACGAGGCCAUACAAGAUGCCGACGUUCCGGAUCGAGAAAUUUGAUGACUACACACAUCAAGACCCGGUCGUCUGGUGGCAAGGAUUUACAACGGAGUUGGGGAUUCACGAGGUCCCUGACCAUCUGUUCAUCAGUGCUCUCUUCAUCAACACCAAGGGAGGAUGUCAGAUCUGGCUCAGCCACAUGGCAACCAUCCACGGCGUCCAGGUUUCAGACCUGUACAAGAAGGUCUCCUGGGAGGAUAUGACAAAGGAAUGGAAGAAGCGGUUCAUCGUCGACGACGCCCCUGCACUUGCCAUCAACCGCAUCUUCAUGAUGGCUCAAGGGAGCACACCGACAUGUGACUGGCUCACGGAUUGGCAGAAGAUCGUGGCCACGCCCGAUUUGGACUUGCCAUUUCCGCAUCUGCGCCGUGAGUUCUACAACAGGUCAUGCGCCGCUCUCAGCCUCGCACUUGGUGAUCGCGAGCAGUACAACACUUUCGCAGAGAUCAUCAACAAGGCGAGAGAGAUCAUCAAGACCAACAGGGCAGCUGCACACGAGAAGUCAACGUGGCAGCCAACCUAUGUGGAGAAGGUAAGAACUGGUCCGCAACAGCAGCAAUUCGCUGCAGUCCAAUCGGACAGUGGAGAAGACCCAACAGCCACUCCAGCAUCACGUGAGGGGGAUCACGUGGCUGCCAUCCAGCCGCGAAGCAACAACAAACCCCGAGUGAACGGGAAGGCGAAAUCAGCAUCGCCGGCCGGAAAUGGACAGCCAGCACCACCAUGGGUCAAGUUCGGCUUGACCGAGCCCAAGUACAAGUACCGCGGCCGUUACGGCUGCUGCUACUGGUGCAACAGCACCAAGCACAAGACCUCUCUUUGCCAGGAUCAGGCCAAGAAGGAUUUCUUCUCCAAGCUGGACCUCAAGUCGAGAUAUCACCAACUCGAGAUUCGGAAGGAGGAUCGCUACAAGACCGCGUUUAAGACGCGAUAUGGGCAUUUCGAAUGGCUGGUCAUGCCAUUUGGCCUUACGAAUGCCCCAGCCACUUUCCAAGCGGCUAUGACAACGGAGUUCCGACACAUGCUGGAUCUUUACGUACUUAUCUACCUCGACGACAUCCUGGUGUACAGCCGGAGUUUGGAGGAGCAUGUGGAACACCUGCGCACCGUUUUGGAGCGGUUACGACAAGCCAAGUACAAAGCCAACCGCGACAAGUGCGAAUUCGCGGGCUAUCUUCGGAUCACCCGCCGGCCAGCCACUAUCGCAUUGCCGACGGGUACUUGCUCCUCCACUCGAGAGGCAAGGACUUACUAUGUGUCCCACGCGACCGCCGUCUUCGGACUCGCCUCCUCCGCGAGUAUCAUGAUUCACGACUCGCCGGCCAUUUCGGAGUCAACCGCACUAUUGCACGGCUUCGACAGCGAUUCCGAUGGCCCGAUCUCAUUACCGAUGUCUCUCGGUAUUGCGACUCUUGCGAAGUUUGCCGACGCAGCAAGCCCCGCCCGCAAUCCCUACGGUGAGUUAUGCCCGAUGCCUAUCCCACGGGAACCCGCGCUCUCCAUUGCCAUGGACGUCCCCAGUCCAUUCCCUCGCGACCGGCUCGGGCACGACGGCAUCCUCACGGUUGUGGACCGAUUGAGUAAGUACGCGCGGUUUCUUCCUUGCAAGUACUACUCCACGGCUCCCGAGCUGGCACGCCUCCUGCACACCGGUUGGAUUUGUGGCCACGGUGUACCAGAAGACAUAGUCAGCGACCGCGACACUUGCUUCAUGUCGGCAUUUUGGACUGCUCUCAUGCAGGAGUCCGGCACGAAGAUGAAGCCAAAAUCGGCUCGGAAUCCACAGACAGACGGGCAGACGGAGCGGGCACAUCAAACCGCUCAAAUGAUGCUUCGUACGCUCAUCCGUCCGGACCAGAAAGAUUGGGUUGACCGCCUCCCCGACAUCGAGUUCGCCUACAACACUUCGGUGCAUCCGGCGAUCGGCGUGACUCCAUUCGAGUUGCACCACGGUGGACGGAAAGGCCGGAUCUUCGCCGACCUUCUCCUCCCUCGACCAGCCGGCAUUGACGCUGCCUGCUCUCCCGCUUCCGUCCGGAAGUACAGGGAAUUGCUGACUCAAGCCUGCGCGAACAUGCAAAAGGCUCAAGUCCGCAUGCAGCAGCAAGCCAAUAGGCGUCCCAUCUGCGCCGGUGAUCUGGUUUGGGUCUCUGCGGAAGAGCUUGCACUGGAACAGGAUGUUUCACGCAAACUACUUCCCAAGUGGUUUGGACCUUGGUCUGUGACAACAGCCGCGGGCGAUGAGCCCGAUGGCCCUUCAUUUGUGAUCAACAUUCCCGAGCAUCUGACGGUCCAUCCAGUCUUUCACGCCUCGAAGCUGGCAACAUAUACACCAGCUAAGAGCGACGACUUCCCGGGCCGACGAUCACAGGACCCUCCUAUGGAUGGUCAUCAGGAGGUUGACCGCAUCAUCUCGGAUCGCAAGUACGGCAACAAGCCGGGACAGUACAAAGUUACAUUCAGAGCAUGCGAUCCUGACGACACUCGGUGGAUUUCAGGAGCAGAUUUGAAAUCAUCCGCACCGCUGAUCUACGCUGACUACGAGCGUCAAAGGUUAGCCAAGGGACCCCCACGACCUGCCCCUCCCACCCGGACUGUGGUCCCUCCCUCAGACAGAGAGCUUCGCCCUCGCAGGUAAGCUCGGACUUUCAAGGAGGGGGGGGGUGUGGCAUACUGCGUAGCCACACGGGCCCUGCAGGCCCCGUCCCGCACUUUCAGCCUAAAAGCCUAAGACUU